UAUUUAGACUCUUUUUUCGAACCAUACAAUUUUUCAAUUUAUUCACUAUUUGAAAACUAUUGACUUCUACUGAACAUAGCCAACAUGGUAGACGACGCCCAGGCCCGCAAACGAAACCGGUUGUCGCUCAGCUGCAAUUACUGCAAAAAGAGGAAAGUCAAGUGUGAUCGUGGUAGACCUUGUUCUUCUUGUGUGCGGUACAAUGUAGCCAAUCUCUGUGAAUACUCGGACCCUAUAUGGCUGGAGCCGGUGGCCAUAACCGCUAGCCACCAAGAUCCCUCUCUGGCAGCUCCGGCUGUGCAAUCUGAGUUGGAAACGCUCAAAAACAAAAUCAAGGAAAUCGAGGCCUCGCUCAAGCCACAGUCAUCGCAACAUAAUCACAAUCAACAUAAUCACAAUCUUUUUGAGGACUUCAAGUAUAAUCCAGACAAAAACCCUACGUUCAUUGGGAUAAAUCCCUUUUCUGCUGAUGACGACUUGAUCAAUUUAUACGAAGGCUAUACACCUAUUCAUAUCCGAGACGCCUCCAGACGAAUGAAUUACGGUCCAUUUGCUUGGCUUUCGAUAAUGAAAAAGGAUCCUGGUCUUUUGUCUCUCUGGAAAUUCAUGAUGUCUAAAAAGCAUGAAAGACAUCUUGCCAUUCAGAGAUUGGCAAGAACCGCACCAGCUCCGGAAUUGGGACUAUUACCCGAAAAGGAACCAGAGCAGACUUCAGCUCCUGCCGAUUCUCCCAAAGGUGCCGACGACCAAGAAAAGAUCUUCCGAGAAAAGGCUAUAGACAGGGAUGGUUUCAAUGACUUGAGAUUGUACGGAAAUGUGGCUAAGGCGAGAUACUCAAAGGUUGAAUUACAUAAUCCAAAGGCUCACCAAAAAACCCAAAUGAACAAACUGGGUAUAGCGCUUGGUCUAACUAUGUAUGAGGGACAGAUUGGCAGAGAGUUAGAGUUGAUUGAGAAAAUUAAAAUGAUCUUACCCAAACAAAAAGUGAUCUGGAAGUUGAUCAACAAGUUCUUCAAGAGUGUCUAUCCUUACAUGCCAUUCAUAGAUGAGAACUAUUUCAAGUUGGAGAUGGCUAGAAUCCUUGGUCCAGAAGCUUACUCUGAUAGUCGCUUGGGAGACUUGAAGAUCGAGAAGAGAUUAGACUUGGCUCAGAUUGGAAUAUUGUUGAUCAUCCUCAGAAUCUCCUAUUUGUCUCUUUUCUCCAACAGAAGAGCUGUAAACCAAAAUAACUUGAAUUCUAACGAUCCAGCCCCACCUGCUAUUGAGAUGAAGUAUCUAUUGUCUAAUCCAAUCAAUAUAGAUGUCAUAGACGUAGCCCAGUUGUGUCUUGACCAAUUCGAAUUGUUGCGUAAAUCCAGUUUGGUUAUCUUGCAAUGUGCCUAUUUCAUGAGGUUGUAUCAUAUGUUUUCUCCUGAAGAUGGUGAUGGAGCCGACGGUGGAGACUCACAGAUAUUUAAUGGAAUGUUAGUACAAAUGGCUUAUUCCAUGGGUAUCAACAGAGAACCGGAUACCUUUCCAGAUAUCUGUAAUGACGAGAAGGUUAACAAUCUUGGUAGAAAGAUUUGGUUCUUUUUGAUUAUCAACGAUUUGAUCCAGGCUUACCAAUACGGCAACCCCUUGACUAUCAGAGAGAAAUACUACGAUACCAAGUUACCAUACUAUAAAAAGGGUAACGAAAAUAUUUCAGAUGUGUCUAUGGAACAGCAUGUCAUCAGUACAUUUGCCUAUUUUGAAAAGUACUACUAUAGGUUGACAGCUAUUCUUGAUAUCUGCUUGGAUAUCAGGAAGAAGGUGAAGGUUUCACAAUUGUCAAACUUGAUGGGUGACUUUGAACAUCAUUUAAAUGAUCAUUAUGGAACAUUGCGAUACUUCUUGGUGCCAUUCCAACAGGACAAUUACGUUUACCCUUUCCUCAAGACAAUGAAGUGUAAGAACUAUAUCAACAUGAAAGGCUUUUUACUCACCAUAUAUUUCCACAUGUACCUUUAUUACGAAAGUAAGAAGAAGACCGACUUUGCCUACUUCUAUGUCAAAAAGAUAUUUGCGACAACGUGUGGUGAGUUUGUUCCUUCUUUCUUCCCUUUGAUCACGAACAACUAUAUCAACUUUGGUGAAACGGCAGACUUGAUCUUGAACCCCACCAUUGAGAGUAUGAUUCACAAGACUACGCAGAUGAACUUUGCGAUUUUGGUGAGACUAAAUUCGACCAUUUAUCGUAUGAAGCACAAUGCAAAUCAUGGCUUAAAUUUGAGAGACAACUUUGGCUACAAGUUGAAAUUUGCCAAAUUAUGUAAGCUUUCUAAAAUUUUGGAGAAGAUUAUCAAGUUCUGUAUAGCUGCGAUGUCCAGAUUGAGUCAGCGUUACUACUAUGCCUGGCGUGUUACCAAGGCACAUACUUUCUUGUUGAAGAUGAUUAUUGGUGAAGAAUUCUACAAGUAUUGCCAGGAUGAUGAGCAGAUAAUCUUCUUAGACUUGAGCAAUGAUCAGCUCAAUGAAUUGACAGAAAUUUGUGAAGUCACAUUGAAGAAGUUCGGCAAGACUAAGAUCUUCCAUGCAGCAACCAACUCUCGUGUCAGUGUUUCUUCUACCCCACAAGCUGCUUUUGAUGGUACUAAUGGUUCAGAACCAAAUGCAGCCCAUAUGGCUGGAGUCAUAAAUGUUCCAUCAUCAGUUGAUUCCAUAGGCAGUGCAGAUAUGGAUGAUUUCCAAUUUAUUGAAAAUGUUGAAAUCGAUAAAUUGUGGUACCAAAUGGCUUCCAUCAAGAACGAAAACAAUAACAACUCCAACAGCAAUACCAAUACCAACAACAAUAGCACUGGCAAGGCUACGGGAUCAGCAGGGUUGUUCAACUUUGGCCUCAACGUUGUUUCUGGAAGCUCUGCGCAGGACGAUGGGCCCUUCAAGUUACCUGGACAGAAAGCCAGUGUUGUUGAUCCUAACCCUGCUGAAGGCGGUUCUACUGGUUAUACCCCUAUGAACUUGUCUAUUCCGACUCCUUUGAUGAAUCCCUUGAGUCCAGAGAGUUUGAACACAAAUUCAGGAGGGCAGCCAUCUAACGCUGCUGCUGAAGAGGAGUUGACAACGGCAGAUUUUUACUCCAUCGAUAUUUUCAACAAUUUACCUAUUGACCAGUUACUUGGUUUCCGUGACGAAGUAGAUGAAAGUUGGUAGAAAUAAGUACCAUAGACAUAAGAUUAAGAAGAGUAUCAAUAUCUGUAUAUUACUGUAUCUAUGUAAUUAGAAAAGGAUGUUCUUCCUUG